AUGGCUAUCUACUGUGAAUGUCCGGCCCGGAAAGGCGUCCCGGUAACAGGAAAAGUCGCCAAGGACAACGAGGCUAGCGCGAGUCGGGGAGAAAGCAAAAGGGAAGCAACCCUACCUAUGGGGUACCUUCGGGACAGGAAUCGCCUUUCCGGGUGUCUAAAUUAUAUCACGCGCGCGCAACAGCCUGGCAAUGCAAUUGCACAAUCCCCACCUGUCCCGCUGCAUUAUGACCCGUAA